UUUUGAGCUUUCCUGUGUUCGUGAGGGGUACAGAUUCUGAAAUAAGGUGGAAAGUCCCUGGGCAGAGCUGGAACCCUGGCAGUGGCAAGUAGGACAACUGCUCCAGAUUCAGCCUGACAGGAAGCACGGAGAUUAACCUGACCCAUAUAUCCCUGCAUCAAGAAGGACCUCCAUGAACUUUUCCCAUGGACCUGCAUCCACAAAUGAUCAAUCGUGGUGGCAGUGGUGUUUUGGAGCACGGCAUGGAGCAGAGAAACGUGAUGGGAAAAGGAAUUUUCUGCAGAUUCCACCUGGACCCUGCUUUUGGCAUUUGAGGUCCUGCAGGCUUGUGCUACAAGUAAUUAUGCUGCCACCAUGGGAGAUGACUCUCUACCUGCUCCUUUCCUUUGGCUUCCACUUUUAUUCCUUUUAUGAAGUCUACAAAGUCUCCAGAGAGCAUGAAACGGAGCUGGAAAGAGAGUUUGAGCUGGAAGUGGACCCUUUAUUUGGAGGACUGAAAAAGGAUUCCACGGACUUUGAAUGGAGCUUCUGGAUGGACUGGGGAAGGUGGCGGUUAGCCUGGCUCCUCCUCGGGCAUGUUCUCGUGUCCCAGGUGGCUGUGAUCCUGGCUGGCAAGCACAGACCUGGGGUGUUGAUGAUCUAUGGCAUGGCAGCCUGCUGGUGUGUGCUGGGCGUAAGGGGUUUGGCCCUGGUUUUGCUGCAUGUUUUCAUUUCCUUCUGUGUGGCCCAGUUCAAGAGCCCACUUCUGUCCUGGCUCUGUUCCCUACUUCUGCUCUCCAGUCUCCGUGUGCAGUCUCUGGAGGAAGUGAAGAGAGAGUGGUACGAGACAGAGAGCGAAUUCUACUUACUGCUUUUCACGCUGACCGUCCGCUGCCUGUUCUACACCAGCUUUAGCCUGGAGUACUGCUGGCAUAAGGGCCCCUGGAAGCGCUCCCAUUCCUUUGUCUGGAUGCUGAUCUAUGUGUUCUACUACCCUGUGUUUCACAAUGGGCCCAUUCUCAACUUUGAGGAGUUCAGCAAGCAGCUGCAGAACCAGGAAGCCCGCCCUCUGAAAGCUAAUCUUCGCCUGUUGGUUCUCGGUGGAAUUCGACUCUUCUGCUGGUGGUGGUUGGCAGAACUGAUGAUCCAUCUGAUGUAUAUGCACGCUUUCUAUAGCAGUAAUCCCCACCUGGAGGCUGUGUCGUACUGGACCUUGGGAGGCCUGGCAUUAGCUCAAGUGCUGUUCUUUUAUGUAAAGUACUUAGUGCUGUUUGGUGUUCCUGCCCUGAUCAUGAAAAUGGAUGGACUCAGUCCCCCAGCCUUGCCUCGUUGUGUCAGCACCAUGUUCAGCUUCACAGGAAUGUGGAGGUAUUUUGAUGUUGGACUGCAUCACUUUCUGAUCCGUUACAUCUAUGUCCCCGUGGGAGGAUCCCGGCACGGACCUGUUGGGAUGGUUUUUUCUGCGGCCAUGACUUUUGCUUUUGUGAGCUACUGGCAUGGAGGCCACAACUACUUGUGGUGCUGGGCGGCUCUUAAUUGGCUCGGAGUCAUCGCUGAAAACGGAGUCCGGAAGCUCCUCUCAGUUCCCGUCUUUCAGGACUUUCUGGACCGAUUUCUUUCCCCGAGGGCUCUCCGCCGACUGCACGCCGCCCUGGCCUCUGGAGCCACUUCUAUGUUGAUCUUAUCUAAUUUGGUGUUUCUUGGAGGAAAUCAAGUUGGACAAACGUACUGGAACAGGAUCUUCAUCCACGGCUGGCCCUGGGCAACUCUCUCCGUACUGGGAUUCCUGUACUGUUACUCCCACGUGGGCAUCGCUUGGGCCGAAACCUACACUGUCAACUAGUACUGCCCAGUGCCCGAUCCUCAUGACACCUUCACCAGCCUUGAGAUGGCAUCUUUCCGGCCAGAGGACAGACUCGCUGUGGACACACUGAAGCUACCUACCGCAGGAAAAGACCCUCAGUCGGGACUGAGCAACGACUCUACUCAGAAAAACCCAGAACAGGCACCAGACCUGGGCCUUGGACUUCACAUUCCGGCUAGCUUCCUGGCUAGUCUUCAGGAUCCUCCAGCAAAAGGAGAAAAGAGGACCUUGGUCACAGUUUAAUCUGAGGUUCCUCUAUGUCAGGGGUAGCCUCAUCCUGGUGGGGCAAAGGGUUAGACAUUGUGCCGCCCUGCAUUUUUGUGGGAAGUGAAGAGACCGUCCUGCCUCACGCCUCAAAUCCAAAGGAACACAGUUUGUUCUCCUAUAAUGCAGGGCUUUCUGAAAAUCCCUGUGAGAGGAAAACUUGCAUCGUAGCAACGUAUGCAUACAGACAUUUUCCAAACACCCAAAGGGAUUUCGGUCUCAGGGUUCAAGUCAGUAACUUGCUCUUACAUAGUUUAUCCUGGAUUCCCUCUCACCUGAGGGGGAGAGCCUGUAAACUGAGUGACCAAUAAAGCUGUUUGUAUCAAAACCA